CGAGGAGGAUCAGCUGACUGCCCUUCGAACGGAUCGCUCUCCUUUCAGGAACCAGACAGGAACAAAUACCCGAUCGGCUUCAGAUCGAUCCGCGGGACUCGGACAUGCCGUCGCUUCUGUUCUGCGGGCCGAAGAUGGCCGCGUGCGGGAUCGUGAUCAGCAUCUGGGGGGUCAUCAUGCUGGCGAUGCUCGGGAUCUUCUUCAGCGCCAAGUCGGCCGUGCUGAUCGAGGACGUCCCGUUCACCGAGGAAGACAUCCGCAACGAUAAAAACCCUCCCCAGAACAUCUACGGGCUCUACAACCAGGUCGGCAUCAACUGCUUCAUCGCCGCCGGCAUCUACGUGGCGGUGGGCGCCGUGUCGCUCUGCCAGGUCCGGCUCAACAAGCGGCAGGAGUACAUGGUCACAUAGGCGACCUUUGACCCCCGCUGUCACACCACUUCCUGUUCCCGCCGACCAACCGGCAGCCGCUACAUCCGGUCGGCUCCCAUUGGAAAACUAAUUUAUUAAAAAGUUUCAGCCUCUGAUGUUUUGUUUGUUGUCGUUACAUUCCUGUUGGGUCGCGUUGCCUUCAGGGACAUUUAGUCUGUGAAGGAAACAAAUAUACGAGUCAAAGAUUAAAGACGUGACGGUGGAGCUGCUGCUGAGCUCCAGAUGCUCGACAAACCCAAACUGAGUCUUGUGACGCGUUGAGCUGGAAGUCCUUUGCAAUAAAGUCUGAGUGAACCUCC